AUGUCACGUUUGGUGAUAAAAGCUAAAUGUAUGAAAGUAUUAAAUGAAGCAGGACGCGUUGGAACAGAUGAUGAAGCAAUACAACAUGGAAAAAAUUUCUAUAAAUUUAUGUUCGGUCACCAUCCGGAUUUGCGUGUGUUCUUCAAAGGUGCCGAAAAUUUCACUCCGGCGGAUGUGCAAAAUAGCGAUCGCUUUGCUAAACAAGGGAAUAAAAAUUCUUCGCUAAUUUUAUAUUUUCUCAACAGGCAGAAACUUUUACUUGCUGUUAGAAUAAUCAUUAAUACGUAUGAUGAUCCGGAAACGUUCAGGGCAUACGCCCGUGAAACAAUCAACCGUCAUAUCAAAUUCAAGAUUGACCGUGCAUUAUGGCUUGCAUUCUUUACGGUGUUGGUGAACAGCUUAAAAGAACAUACCAUAAUCGAUGAAGAAGCAGAAAAAGCUUUUCUACAAAUUGGCAAAGAAUUUUCUGAUGAAUGUCUAAAACAUAUUAUUGCUUUGAAUUUGUGUAACUGA